GUGGGAGGGGGCAAAGGAAAGGAGAGGAAAGAGGAAGAUGGUGUCCCCAAUGUCAACGAUUCUGGUGACGGGUGGGGCGGGGUUCAUCGGAUCCCACACGGUGGUUCAGCUUCUGAAACAGGGUUUCAGGGUCUCCAUCAUCGACAAUCUCGACAACUCCCUCAUCGAAGCUGUCCACAGGGUUCGCCGCUUGGUGGGUCCUCACCUUUCCAACAACCUCUUCUUCCACCACGGCGAUCUCCGCAACACCCACGAUUUGGAGAAACUCUUCUCCAAAACCAAGUUCGAUGCGGUGAUCCACUUUGCGGGGCUGAAAGGCGUUGGAGAAAGCGUGGCUAAGCCCCGCCGUUAUUUUGACAACAACUUGGUGGGCACCAUCAACCUCUUUCAAGUUAUGGCCAAAUUUAACUGUAAAAAGAUAGUAAUCUCCUCAUCGGCCACUGUUUAUGGGCAACCGGAUAAAAUUCCGUGUGUGGAGGACAUGGAAUUACACGCUAUGAAUCCCUAUGGGAGAACCAAGUUGUUCGUUGAAGAAAUAGCCCGAGACAUAGAGAGGGCAGAGGGAGAAUGGAGGAUAAUUCUGCUGAGAUACUUCAACCCAGUUGGGGCCCAUGACAGCGGUCAGAUAGGGGAAGAUCCAAGAGGGAUUCCCAACAACCUCAUGCCUUACAUUCAACAAGUCGCUGUCGGAAGAUUGCCCCAGCUCAACAUUUACGGUCACGAUUAUCCCACCAAAGAUGGCACCGCGAUCCGGGAUUAUAUCCAUGUCAUGGACUUGGCAGAUGGUCACAUUGCUGCCCUGCGAAAGCUUUUUGCCACUGACAACAUCGGUUGUACUGCAUAUAACUUGGGAACUGGUCGGGGCACCUCCGUCCUUGAAAUGGUUGCUGCAUUUGAAAAAGCUUCGGGCAAGAAAAUUCCAAUAAAAAUGUGUCCGAGGAGGGCGGGAGAUGCCACUGCUGUCUAUGCAUCCACAGAGAAAGCAGAGAAAGAACUGGGUUGGAAGGCAAAAUAUGGCAUAGAGGAGAUGUGUAGGGACCAAUGGAAUUGGGCAAGCAACAACCCAUGGGGAUAUCAGGCCCAGGGGAAGCAUUAAGUUAGCUUUACAAAUUUUUAAUUCCAUCCAUGCUUUCUUUCGCUGCAAAUUUUUCUU